AUGGCCUUUGCAGCUCAACAAAAAAAGGCCCUUCAUUCUAUGUUAUCAAGUAAACUCACCCACCUCAAAAUCCCAGAUUCCUCUUCUACUGAUCCAGACUUUGAUUUCUCUGAAGUUUUUGGUCCUCAUACUUCUUCUUCUCCUUCAUCAUCAUCUUCCAAUUUUCUAACUGACCCACAAAUCAUUCACAGUAGGUCCCACUCUUUUGUGGGUCCCUCCCCAAGAUUCACUCUCUCGUCAAAGACUCUACCUUUACACCAAGAAGUUGAUUCUGAGGGUGAAAAUGAUAGUGAUAAAGUUGAUACUCAUAGUCUUGAAAUUAGUGGAGAUAAUAAGGGAGUUAGGAAAAUAGGGCCAGGGCAUUUUGAGAUGUUGAGGAUGAUAGGGAAAGGUUCUUUUGGGAAGGUUUUUCAGGUGAAGAUGAAGGGUUAUGGUGAUGAUGGUGAUAGUGAUGAUGGGAUAUAUGCUAUGAAGGUGAUGAGGAAAGACACAAUUAUAAAGAAUAAUCAUGUGGAUUAUAUGAGGGCUGAGAGGGAUAUUCUCACCAAAGUUGAGCACCCUUUUAUUGUUCAGCUUAGAUACUCUUUUCAGACGAAGUCUAAGCUGUACUUGAUUUUGGAUUUUAUAAAUGGAGGACAUCUUUUCUAUCAUCUAUACAGACAAGGGAUUUUCAGUGAGGACCAGGCAAGGAUUUAUACUGCUGAGAUAGUUUCUGCUGUUUCACAUCUUCACCAGAGAGGGAUCGUGCACCGAGACCUCAAACCUGAAAAUAUUCUCAUGGAUGGUGAUGGACAUGUCAUGCUGACAGAUUUUGGACUGGCAAAAGAGAUUGAUGAAUCAAGCAGAUCAAAUUCGAUGUGUGGAACCACGGAAUACAUGGCUCCAGAGAUUUUACAGUCAAAGGGCCACAAUAAAGAUGCUGACUGGUGGAGCGUUGGGAUACUUCUGUAUGAGAUGCUGACUGGUCAGCCACCAUUCACACAUUCAAAUAGAAAGAAGCUUCAGGAAAAAAUCAUCAGUGAGAAAGUGAAACUCCUACCACGUCUGACCGGUGAAGCUCACUCUCUGCUCAAAGGAUUGUUGCAAAAGGACCCAUCAAAAAGAUUAGGCAGUGGACCAAGAGGAGGGGAUGAGAUCAAAAGUCACAAGUGGUUCCGGUCAAUCAAUUGGAAGAAAUUAGAUGCCAGAGAACUACAGCCUAAGUUCAAACCAGAUGUAAUUGGCAGAGCUUGCACUGCCAAUUUUGACAAAUGUUGGACUACGAUGCCACCAGAUGACUCACCAGCAAAUACUCCGACAGCAGGCGAACACUUUCAAGGGUACACUUAUGUAGCACCAAAUCCUUGGCUCUCCUCUAGUUGAUUAAGACUGUAUCCUGACAAAAUUUCGAACUCCUUUUGUUUGCUAGUGUAAGCUCAUUCUUUGUUACAGAGAGGAUCAUGAGAAAUAUAUGGAUUAGAUGUAUGUUGAUAAAAGCAAACUCUUCUAACUCUUUUGUUUACUAUUGUAAGCUCAUUCUUCUUAUGGACAAGAUGUGAGAAAUAAACACAUUUGUCUUUGAUCGCGUA